AUGGCCGUGAUCAACUACGGCGGCGGCGUGCCAAUCUCUUACCAAGCCCCCCAGUUCCCCUCCCUGUACUGGCCUGUCCGCGCCGCACCCGGCGAGGCUCAGUACCUGUACUACUUGUCCGACAUCUACCGCUACACAUUAUACUGGACCUUGAUUACGAUUUCGGCGGCACACGUCUGCGUUGCGACCUGGGCAGUGUUGAUGCAGUUCAACUCGGCAGCGCAUAGAAGGCGAUAUCUGAGAACUCCGGCGGGGAGGGCUCUGAGCGCAAAAAACAGGAAACUGCUGGGCGAAUAUCCUAUCGGCGAGACGUUGAGCUGGGUUUGGCUGAUCCCUCUCGUAUAUAUUGUCAUUGGUGGACUGGAGGCGUUACUGGCCGGCAGUUUGCUUGGCUUAGUGCUUGGAGCGGUUUACAAUGCUGGAUAUUUUAUGAUGAGUACUUGGACACCGUUGCUAUGGGGAAUCAUCAACAUGCUUGUCCUGGUUGUGAGCAGUUUUAGAAUACAGGGAGGCUUAUGA